UGCAAACUUUCUCCGCAUGUGCAGAGGGCCCCUCCUGCGGAUUCGGGAUGUCUGCUGCAAAGAUCAGGGAUACGGCACCAGAGAUCAGGGCGGCCGGGAAACUGACUCCACGUGGCGGUGGUGCCAAAGAGUGCAUCAUAUCUCCUGAGCCCCGACCUCUGACCCCAGAGCGGGUGAGAAAGUUUCAAGCAGCAACCCGACCCUCUCCAGGAGAGAAGAGGAUACUGCACUCGUUUGCAGGGGAUCCUCCGCCAGACCCUAUCAUUAGACACGGAGUGGUCACCAGAACAUCACUGGAGGCAAGUGACCUAGUGAAUCCUGCACCAAAGACCCUCUACCAGCACAACGUACUGCACCAGCAGGAGCAGAUCUACAGGAGCCACCUAAAGGCACCACUAGGUGCCUCUCACGACCAGGUCCCAGGCUUGCCUCCUGGCACGAGUCUCACUGACACCACCUUUGGUCGUAAGGGAGUGAAGGAAGACUCUGCAGCUGACGCAGUGAGUCCCUGCAAGACUAGGGAGGAGGUGGAGGCUGAGGCUGUGGAAGGAAGGGAGCUCUAUCGCAAGAGCCACAAUGCAUGGGAUGUUGGAGAGAUGGUGGACAGGGACUAUGACUGGACCGUGUUCACCAAGGACAGUCUCUACGGUGUCCCCACGCCACAUGACAACAGUGGGAGUCAGGCCAGGGACUCUCUCCACUGGCUCAGCCUGGAUCAAAGCUCUAAGAAGACUCCGAUAGUGACGAAAAGAGUGGAUGAUUUCAGAGAGAGGACUCAGCCUCAACUUGGUCAAGUCCAUGACCCGAUUGCAGACACUCUCAAAGUUGACAAGGACCACAGUUUUGGAGUCAGUGUCCUUCCAGACAAUUUCAGUGCAGGUGAAUUGAUGCACAUACAGGGAGACACGGUGUACAGCCAAUGCCAGGGGUACGACCCUGGGAUCAUGACCACAAUCAGACACCGACUCAAGAACAGCCACUUUACCAACUUCCCUCAGCUCCUCCGUGCCCUCUCCUUCACCGACAAGAAUUCUACUGGUCAAUUGAGUGCAGAGAAAGUGUGUGAGACGUGUUUCCAGUACAACCUCCCACUGACGGCCGACCAGCUGUCUCUGUUGGUGAGGUGGUGCAGGAGUGAGGAGGGAGAGGGGGCCACACUAGAGGAAGGAGUGAGGUACAGAGACCUGGUGGAGUUGAUCAACUGGCAGCACGAGAUACCAACUGAGCUGGAGACCAGAGUUCAACAGGGGAACACACCAGCGGGUGCUGGUGUCCCGGAGACGACAUCCCCAGCCACUCUCUCAGAGUACAGGUCCUCAUCGGAGGUGGUCCAGGUGGUAGGCGGGGCUCCUCCUGACCACACCCACCACACUUUUGGGGUUCCCACCAUACGCAGCGAUCUGCCUGCACCCCGCAUCAAGAGAGUGGGAGACAGCAAGAACUAUGGCGAUGAGAGUGAUGCAUAUGGCCUUAUGUAUCCUUCCAUCUACUCCAGCAGAGGAGUGUUUGAGAGAGACUUCUUCAGGAGCCGAGGGCCACAGGAGGUGAGGGAGGUGUUCCAGAGGGUGGGGGUGGAGAUGCCUGACCAGGUGUUCCAGGAAGUGUGGCAAGAGGCUGAGAGAAGGGACCCACGGGGAGAGGUGAGUAUUGAAUCGUUCCGAGCCGUCCUGGAAGAGGUCCAAGAGCAACCACCAUCUCACGUCAUCUCCUCCACAUGACACCAGAGCAACACACAUUGGCCACACUGCGACACACAAACACUGACCUGCUAUUCCUACUGUAGAGUUACACACAGCCAGGGCUGUAAACAUCCACAUGAGAUUAUAAUGCUUUCUACCACCUUCAUGCAACGUUGUCAUUAACUGCAAACAGAACAUUAGAGCUGUUUUUAUGCGCAAGAAAAAGGUCG